CCCGCCCGCCGCAGCCCCCUAGUAACUCCUGUGUGUCUCUUGGUUUUCAGAGAUCCCCCUCUACUUUGUGGACUUGCAGGAUGACUUAGACGAUUAUGGAUUUGAAGACUAUGGUCCAGAUUGUGACAACAUGAGGGUAACGGCCUUCUUGGACAUUCCAGGCCAGGAUAACCUGCCUCCACUCACUCGCCUGGAGAAGUAUGCUUUCAGCGAGAACAUCUUCAACCGUCAGAUUAUUGCCAGAGGGCUGCUCGAUAUCUUCCGGGACUUCAGUAACAAUGAAGAAGACUUCUUAACAGUAAUGGAGAUUGUAGUCAGAUUAUCAGAAGAUGCAGAGCCCACAGUGCGGACUGAGCUGAUGGAACAGAUUCCCGCUAUUGCUGUUUUUUUACAAGAAAACAGAUCAGAUUUUCCAGCGGUGUUCUCUGAAUAUCUCAUACCUAUUGUAGUGAGGUACCUCACAGAUCCAAACAAUCAGGUUAGAAAAUCAAGUCAGGAAGUACUCUUGAUUCUUCUGGAACAAGACCUAAUUUUCCAGCAUGAUAUUGAAAACAAAGUGUGUCCGAUUCUGCUAGAGCUCUCUGCUGCAGACAGUGAUGAUGAAUAUAAAGUGGAAGCCGUGAGUAUCAUCUGCAAAAUGGCUUCAAUGCUGAGUAAGGGCACAGUUGAACGCCUGCUGCUCCCUCGGUUCUGUGAACUAUGCGGCGAUGGGAAGCCCUUUCAAGUUCGGAAGGUGUGCGCUACAAAUUUUGGUGAUGUUUGUCAUGCUGUUGGACAAGAUGCCACUGAGAAAUUUUUGAUCCCGAAGUUUUUUGAGCUCUGCUCAGAUAACGUUUGGGGGAUGCGGAAAGCCUGCGCUGAAUGCUUCAUGGCGGUGUCGUACAGCACCUCCCCCGCAGUCCGCAGAACCACGCUCUCACCUCUCUUCAUCAGACUUGUCAGCGACCCCUGUCGAUGGGUGCGCCAGGCUGCCUUCCAGUCCCUUGGCCCCUUCAUUUCCACGUUUGCAAACCCCUCCAGGGCUGGCGUUUAUGUUCGAGAGGAUGGCACCCUGAGCAUCCGACCACCAGCCCAGGAUCUGGACUCCGAGUUUGCCUCUGGCUCACCCAUUCCCAGUAGCGGUGGUGACACGUCCUUAGCCAGUUCAACAAAGCCUUUGCAGUUGGAGCCAGAUCUACCCAUGGAAGGGACAUCAACAGAAACCAGUGGUUUCCUGCAUAUCACAAGCUCCUCGAAGGGCCUAAUGGAAAACCCAGUGGAAGGUUCUGCUUUGGUUGGGGCUGAGUCGUCCAGGCCUUCCUCGGAGGCCAGUGCCUUCUCUGAGCUCCCUGAUGUUAAUGCCCUCCCCAUCAGCCGCCACCCUGGACCAGAUUCCUGGGCCUUCCCAGGGAGCUCUGAGGAUAUGUUCAGUAAUUUCCUUUAUUGGCGAACUCCUCUCCCUGACAUAAGCACGGACUUAGAGCUACUUCUGAGCGAGGCUGGGCUGCAGGAAGAAGACUACAGCAGACCUGAGACUGUGUAUAACAGCUGUGUGGCCAGGAGUGAGAUUCAAAAAGUCCUCGAUAGUUUGCAGGAACAUAUGAUGAAUGAUCCAGAUGUUCAAGCUCAGGUUCAGGUGUUAUCGGCUGCACUGAGAGCUGCGCAGCUUGACUCCGCGAGUGGACCCAAGAGCACGCCGACAGAAGGGCUCAAUGCAGUGUCCAUUUCCGGUCCCAGCGCUGCCUCUGACAGUCAGCCCGCUCUGUCGGCUUCAUCAUCGCAGAAUGAGCACUCCAUGGCCAGGAUAUUACAAAGCACAGAUCCAGGAGAACCCCCAGAUGGAACCAGUGACCAUUUGGAGACUGGCCAGAGGCAUAAUCCCAUCCUACUCGAGGAGAAUAAAUCUAAAUUACAGGAUAUAAUCCCUCAGCCUCUGCUGGAUCAGUACGUGUCGAUGACUGACCCAGCUCGAGCCCAGACUGUCGAUACCGACAUAGCCAAGCACUGUGCCUACAGCCUCCCAGGGGUGGCACUGACCCUAGGCAGGCAAAAUUGGCACUGCCUGAAAGAUACAUACGAAACACUGGCUUCUGAUGUACAGUGGACAGUACGUCGGACCCUGGCCUUCUCUAUCCAUGAGCUGGCUGUAAUCCUUGGGGAUCAGUUGACGGCAGCUGACCUGGUGCCCAUCUUCAAUGAGUUUUUAAAGGACCUGGAUGAAGUACGCAUAGGAGUUCUUAAACACCUGUAUGAUUUUCUAAAGUUGCUUCAUGAAGAUAAGAGGAGAGAAUAUCUUUACCAGCUUCAAGAAUUUGUAGUGACCGGUAACAGCAGGAACUGGAGGUUUCGGUAUGAACUAGCGGAACAGCUGAUACUGAUUUUGGAACUCUAUAAUCCCAAUGAUGUUUAUGAUUACUUAAUGCAUAUUGCCUUAAAGUUGUGUGCAGAUAAAGUUUCUGAAGUUCGGUGGAUCUCCUUCAAACUAGUUGUGGCAAUUUUGCAGAAGUUCUACUCAAACAGUGAAAACGCACUGGGGUUAAAUUUCAUCAAUGAACUCAUCAUGAGGUUCCGGCACUGUUCUAAGUGGGUUGGAAGACAAGCUUUCGCUUUCAUUUGUCAGGCAGUGGUGAGCGAGGAGUGUGUCCCCGUGGACCAGUUUGUUGAGCACUUGCUUCCCAGCCUUUUGAGCCUCGCGUCAGACCCUGUGCCCAACGUGAGGGUGCUGCUGGCCAAGGCUCUGCGGCAGACGCUGUUGCAAAAGGCCUAUUUUAGAAAUGCCGGUAACCCUCAUCUUGAAGUCGUAGAAGAGACCAUAUUAACUUUGCAGUCUGACCGGGACCAAGAUGUUUCCUUUUUUGCCACCCUAGAACCAAAGCGGCGGAAUAUUACAGACACGACUGUACUAGAAAAACAGAAAUAAGUACUCCGUGGUGAAUUGCAGUCUGAUCGUUUCAUGCUUGGCAUGUGUUGCUUAUCAUAACUUGAAGGGGAACUUACUGUAUUGUACCCGCUGAGGGAGAAAAGAUCUCUGAACCUUUCCCACCGUGCACUGGAUUGGCCCCUUUCCCACCUGCAGCCCUCAAGGACAGAACCCCCAUGGGGGUUUAUUCCGGAAGGCUGGGCCUGCUCUGUGCUUCCACAUCUCUGCAAGCCUGCGUGGUAACAGUCUGCAGAAAGGUCGCAGGCCCAGGCAGCUGCCUGGGUGUUGAGUUCUCUGUGCCAUCACAUUACCUGCCGCCAAUUUGUUUCUUUGUGACAGACUGUA